AUGAAGUUUCCAACCGAGCUCUUGUACAUUCUCUUCGACUUGGCCGAUCCUCGGCCAGCGUACAGAACCUGGAAGAAGUACCUUACGCACAUCGAAGCGGAAAACGACGAUGGCACUCAUAACUCUCCCGAACGAGAGCCCCCUCCCCCACCUACCCAGUACCCCCACCAUCUUGCCCGCGUUUGUCGGCGCUGGAACGAUGUCCUUGCAGGAACACCCCAAAGGUGGAAUAACCCCAUUGUGUUCCUCGACCACGACAUCGAUGAAACUCUGGCGGACCUGAAGAUGUCUCUUCGCCUCUCCCAGGACGUCCCGCUCGAAGUGGUGGUCGACUAUACCAGGAAGAUAGAGAAGCGGGGCGACUCCCUCUCAUGGCCGCGAUGGGGGUCUGAUAUCAGUCCCUACCGCGAUGAAGAGCCAUGGCGAAGCCGCGCUGUAAUUGAAGCUUUACGACCGCAUUUCCCUCGAUGCAGAAAUAUCACGUUUGAAGCUAGGUUUGGAAUGUCCCUGCCGUCGCCGUCGAAAGACCUGUCUAGUGUUUCGCCAAUGUUGCAAAACCUGAUCCUUAAAUGCAAGUACGACUUCCAACACCAAAGCGACCUCCUAUUCGGUGGAGAUCCCGCCCCCAUUCCUGACACCAACCAAGCGAACUUCAAGCUCACAGAUUUAUCAGGCCUCACCCUCAGCGGGUAUACCGUUAUUGAUGCCUGCAGGAAUUUCCCAGAACUCAUCCAUGCAGCACAAGAUUCCCUCACAUUGCGCAAUUUUCGGACAAGAGACAGUAAAGCGGCUGACACAGUCCCUUACUUGCUCCAGGCUCUAUCUCUAUCUUGCGCCGACAUCGUGGUGCACGACAUCGACCUUCCGCUCUGGCAACCCGACGCGCCACCUCGCGAACCGUUCCAACUCCAGGGUUGUACGACGCUGAGCGCGUUAGGCGACGAAACCAUGCGCAACAUUUUAGAUUUUGUCGAUUUUUAUGAUGCAGGUAUUCUGAUCAUCAAACGCUGUGCCCUUCCUCCCGGGGCCUCGAGAUUCCGUCCAGUCGACUCCCUCCUCCUCAUAAAGCUUUCGAACUUUCCCGACCUUGCUGAUAUGCUCUCGGAGUGGGACGGCUGGCACCUCUCGAUCACACAUGGUCCGCCAUUGAACGGCCUCCUCCGCAUGCUCGCUCGGCGUCGGCGCAUGGGUGAUUUAUCUAUGGACGAGCUCGAGCUCAACUGCUGCACCAGGUUUUCAGCCGACGCGAUGAAGGAGUUGUGCGAAUCGCGUACUCCUGACAACUUGGGUGAAUACUCCCGUAUGGACAGCAUUAGUGUGAACGACAUAGGGCCAGUGAUUCGGACGGACGACAGGCGGUGGUUCGAGGAAAGGUACCCUGACAUGAUCUCCUGGGCGGAUGAAAUGAUGGAUAGUGAAGGGAACUCAUACUAUGCAGAUAGGGAUGAUAUGACUGAUGUCGUAUCGGGCUAUUCCGACGACGAAGAGUAG